CCAUCAACUUCUCCUUCAGAACCAAGUACAACUAUCACACUGCAGACAUCAACAGCUGUUACAUCAGAAACACCAUCAACUUCUCCUUCAGGAUCAACUCCAGCUACCACACUGCAGACAUCAACAGGUGUUACAUCAGAACCACCAUCAACUUCUCCUUCAGGAUCAACUCCAGCUAACACACUACAGACAUCAACAGCUGCUACAUCAGAACCACCAUCAACUUCUCCUUCAGAACCAAGUACAACUAUCACACUGCAGACAUCAACAGGUGUUACAUCAGAACCACCAUCUAGUUCUCCUUCAGUACCAACUACAACUAUCACACUGCAGACAUCAACAGCUGUUACAUCAGAACCACCAUCUAAUUCUACUUCAGGAUCAACUAUGGCUACCACACUAGAAAAAUCAACAGAUUCCUCUACAACCGUAGGCCAAGUUCUUACACUGGAAAUUAGCUUCAUCACUGCAGAGCCAUUCAGUAAUGACUUAUUAAACACAACUUCACCUGCUUACACUGAACGUGCAAAACGUAUCACAGAUGAGUUUGAGCCAGUUUUUAAGAACAAAUACAUGAACUUCAUUAAUCUGAGAGUGAUUGGUUUCAGACCUGGGUCAAUCAUCUCAGACAUCAGUGUAACACUGAAUGGAAGUCUACCUGAUAUUUCUUCAAUCAAUGAGACUAUGCUCAGUGCAAAUACGAGCUUUGAAAUUACAAGCCUCAGUGUAAAUGAAGUUUCAUAUAAACCACCAACAACAACUAUAACACAGACUUCAACAACUGCAGCUACAACAGAAAUGACAACAGAAGUUCCAGCAAGCACAGAUAGUACCACAGUUGCUACUUUGGAAACAGCAACAAGUACUGCUACCCUGUUGACUACAGAGAGUACACUGCAAACGUCAACAGAUGUCACAUCUGAAACAGGAUCAACCACAGCUAUCACACUUAUCAACUACAGCUACCACACUGCAGAUAUCAACAGCUGGUACAUCAGAACCACCAUCAACUUCUCCUUCAGGAUCAACCACAGCCAUCACACUGGAAACAUCAACAGCUGUUACAUCAGAACCACCAUCAACUUCUCCGUCAACCUGGGUCAAUCAUCUCAGACAUCAGUGUAA